AGCCCGCAAGGGAAGUGGUGCGUCCGCGGCGGAGAAAAAAAACUCCGUGCGUGAUUUUUUUUGAAACCUGAAUUCUCUCAAUGCGCCUGUUUUUUUUCAUGCUGGUGGCGGCGGCGGCAUCGGCGGCGCGCGCCGGCGACGACCUCUCCUUCGCGGCGCCCUUCGACGCCGUCGCGGCGACCGGCGACCGGCAGGUGUCCCCGGCCUGGCGCGCGCACGGGUCCGCGGCCGUGCACCGCAACUUCGCGCGCCUGACGCCCGACCGCCAGUCCAAGGCGGGCGCGCUCUGGUCCGCGGAGAGCGUCGGCGCGGACCAGGCGACGCUCGAGCUCACGUUCCGCAUCAGCGGCCAGGGGCAGCACUUCUUCGGCGACGGCCUCGCGCUGUGGCUCAGCGCCGACCGCGCCUUCCGGGCGGGCGCGUUCCACGGCGCGGACCCCCGCUUCGCGGGGGUCGCCGUCGUCGCGGACACGUUCCGCAACGACGAGGCCGCGGCGGCGCACCGCGAUCUCGCGCUCGUCGCGAGCGGCGGGGGCGCCGCGGACGCGGCGGCACUGCUCGAGGGCGCCGCGGGCUGCGACGCGAGCGUGCGCUACCACGAGAACCGCGGCGACUUCUCCGUCGACCGGAGCUCGCGCGUGCGGCUCGCCGUCGCCGCCGGCGCCGCGACGCUCGCGGUGGACGCGGCCAACGACGGGACCUGGGUCGAGUGCGCGGCGGUCGCGCUCCCGCCGGCGCUCGACGGCGCGUGGCUGCGGCGCGCGCACGUCGGCGUGACGGCCUCGACGGGGCAGCUCGCCGACAACCACGACGUGCUCGCGCUGGCCGUGCGGACGGACGGCGCGCCGGCGGCCCCGGCCGCGGACGCCCCGGCGGCGGCGGCGGCGGCGGCGGCGGCGGCGGCGGACGCGCCGGUCACGGCCGCGCGCCUCGGCGCCGUCGAGGGGCGGCUCGACGACCUCGUCCGGCGCCUGGAGCACCUGCAGCACCACCUCGAGCACGAGAUGGUCAGCGUCGACGACCACGUGCGCGUGACGCUCGACAAGCUCGCGCGCCAGGAGGAGCAGAGCGAGGGCCGCAUCGACGCGCUCGAGCAGCGCGUCGUCUCGAACGUCGAGGAGUCGCUGGCCAAGCGGGUCGCGACGCUCGAGCAGGCGACGCGCGACGCCGUGCAGAAGCGCGUCGCGUCCGUCGAGACGCGGUACAUGUCGCGGCUGGGCGACGUCGUGGCGGAGAAGGUCGAGGGCAGCGGCCGGGGCUGGACCCUCCCCUUCGUCGUGCUGGUGCUCGUGGACGUCGUCGCCUUCGUGCUCGCGCGCGGCUGGUACGUGCGGUUCAAGAAGAGUCAUCUGCUGUGAGGCGCGCGCGGGGUGCAUCCAUAAAGACUUAUGCCUGUU